AUGAUCCAGAACUUCCAAUCCGAGCUGGUCGGGAGUCAAUUCAGUUUCGGCGGUUACACUGGCUAUGGCAGUAAUCCAUCGCCGUAAGUCAUCGUUUUGAAUUUGGGAGGGCUCGGAUUACUGUAGACUCUUAUUCUGUAGGCUUAGCUUUACUUUAUAACUUCGCAUAAACAUAAUGUAAUCUUCACAGCAUUUGAAUUGAAAAAGAUAUAAUUUUACUUUCAGGAACAAUUACAAAACGCCACCCCCAGGCAAAAGAGAGCGAACGAAGUUCAGUCAGACGCAGUUAACAUGGCUGGAGAAAUACUUCGAGAGCUGUGAAUACCCUCAGGCACAAUUACGUGAACAGAUUGCUCAAGAACUCAGUCUAACAGAUGUCAAAGUUCAGGUGAGUAAACGUUUUGGAUUCAUUAGAUAUUAUACACGAUAUUUAUGAUAGACAUAGUCAAUAGUAAUGCGUUUCCUCCUGAUAGACUGUUUCAAAUAGCGUCGAGAAGUCGUAUAAGAGCUUCAGAACUGUCAUACAUUAAACCGAACGUUGUGAUGACCUGAGUUAGGUCUUUUGCAGGAAUUCAGAACCCAAAUCAAAAAAGUAAUCUAGCAGAAAAUGUAAGCCCCGUCAGAUAAAAGUAAAUUGCAACUAAUUAGAUUUCAGUAAAGUAAUGACGAAUCCCUAAUUGAUUGCAUGACUGGAGCACUUUUAAUCUCUACCAUUUACAGGUAUGGUUCAAGAAUCGACGAGCGAAAAAAAGACAAAAGAAAAAGUUCGAGGACGAAUUGAUGAAACGUGGGCAUCGAGAGUCCUCCGAAGAGACCAACAACAACUCCAUCUCCACCCUCAACUCCCUCUCGACCUCCGUGAAUGGCGCCAACUCAGCGAUCAGCGCGGGCUCGGCCAGUAGUGCCAAUUCCGUGGAUACGACAGAAGACGAAACAAAAUACAUUCCACAACUACAGAUGCCAUCACAGAUCGAUCCAUUGCCUGUGGCAACCAGUAUGCCAAUGCUAGCGCUGACCCCGACGUUAACAGACAUGAGUGCCAUCAAAUUGGAGAGCAUUGGCCAAAACGAGGCACUGCUUACAGACACCUCUUCGAUGGGGCUGAACCCCUCGUUCGCAUCGAUGAACGGGGCAAAUGCCCUUCAACCGCCCGCAGGAUCGGGUCUGAAUGGAUCGACAAUGAGUUGGAUGAACUACUCGAAUAUCUUCUCGCCCUACUCUUCUCAAUUCGGAUUCCCGUCUUAUUCGUAUCAGAGUGCGGCACCCGUCAAUCCCUACGAUUACAAUACUUUGGGGACAGCCGCACCCAAUUACUACAUGAACACGCCCCGGUCGGACCUUUCCAAGUUCUGA